AUGAUAUUAGUAACCAUCACAUUUAUCAACAAAAUCAGAUCACAACGUGUUCUGUUUGUAAGUAUUCCAUCACUAUCCCAUUUCAAUGGUCUUUUAUCGAUUGGCCGUGCACUUGCGGAUUAUCAUCGAGAUGUUUCAAUAACUUUUGCUGUAUUUGAUAACUUUGCAUCGCUCACGCGUGAAAAAUUACCAAGUAGUAAACUCAUUCUUCUUGGAUCACUAUCAAGUAACGAACAUCGACCCAUUUUUUCCGUGAGGAAUGGUGAAACUCCCUUACAGUUUAUGGCGCGUAUAUCAAUGCAUGGUUUUCUCGCUAUCUAUGAACAAAUGCAUGACGGAUUAGUUAAUGCCAAUAUUGUUGACAAUUACGAUCUUCUUAUUAUCAACAUGUUUGCCUUUGCUGCUCAAGAUCUAGCUCAUGAUCUCGGUAUUCCAUUUGUGAUUUACUCUUUAACUAGUGUCGAAGGUGUAUUCAAUUUGCCCUCAUGGAUACCGCGUGGAUUUGAUAGUCACACACAAGGAGAUUUGCAAAAAUCACUAUUGGCACGCUUAAAUAAUUACUUGGUUGAGCCUUUACGCAUUAUCUUUUACCUGGGACCGCAUAUGGUUGAAUUAGAUCGAUUAAGAAGAAACAAUAAUCGUACAAGACAAGGCAUCCAUCCGCUACUUGGUAAUCCAGUAGAACGUUGGCAAGGGCAUCCAAUUUUCAUAGCAUAUCCGAUGGCACUUGAUUUUCGUCGGUCUUACACUCCAAAUUAUCACUUUUUGGGCUUUACGCUUGAUGAACAAGACACGAACAGAGUAUCUAACGAAUCCUGUGAAAUCGAAGCAUGGGUCAACGAAACCCAAGCUGUUGACGAAUUCGUAAUGGUCGUAGCACUCGGAUCCAUAUCUGUGAUAACUGAGAAUACAUGGUUAGCCAUCAUAGACAGUCUACGUUUUUUACCAAAUAUGCGUAUGCUUCUGGGCGUGCGUGAUGAAAACUGUCGGAAUUUCGUAUUGAAAGUUGCAUCAAAAUUUGAUCGACAUCGUUUAAUGAUUCAACCAUGGAUACCACAACGACGCAUUCUUUCCAAUCCCAAUGUGCGUAUCUUCUUAUGUCAUGGUGGUCUUUAUUCUAUUGGAGAAGCUGUCUAUGCACACAAGCCACUAAUUAUUUUGCCUGGUUUUGGAGACCAACGAGCGAAUGCUGCCCGUAUGCGUUCAUGGAACGUUGCUGUGGUUCUUGAACGUCAUUCUAUGACAGCUGCCGUACUUGCUCAAGCUGCAAGAUAUUUAGUAGAAAAUGAUCGAUUUGCAGCUAUUACUGAAUGUCUCAAGCGUUUGCACUACUUCAGUGAAAGAGAAGGUGGCGGAACCCGCCGUGCCGCUCAAUUAAUUGAAGGAUGGAUGAUAGCUUGUUUGCAAAAAUUUUGGACCGCAUGGCGGAAUUCCCAUCUAUUGGCUGUCUUUAUCGUCUUUGUAGCAUUCUUUCUCGACAGUGUUCUAUUUACAUGUGUUAUACCUAUCAUUCCGGACUAUUUAAACAGAAUUGAUCAUCCUCAAUAUGAUUCACUGGAUAAAAUGUGCUCGCAGAAUAUGACCAACAACUUGUGUUUAAUUCUAAAUAAUAUGACAAACGAAGAGCACUAUCGAGAUUCAGCAUUAAAUUCAUCAACAACAAAGAACUUAACCGAUGCGUGUGCUAUGUUUAAUGAAAACCUGACACUACAAUUAAUGCCUGAAAAGUGUGAUGAAAUGCGCCAAGAGCUUAUUCAUGAAAAUGGACCUAUUGGUCUCCUGUUUGCUUCCAAAUCCUUUAUGCAGUUGGUUACAAAUCCAAUUGUUGGUAUUAUUACGGAUCGCAUUGGAUAUACAAUACUCAUGUUGCUUGGCUUUGGCGUAAUGUUCAUAUCGAUUCUCAUGUUUGCCUUUGCUGAUACCUAUUGGCUGUUAUUUACUUCGCGUGCAAUUCAAGGUAUUGGUUCGUCAUUUUCGACCAUUUCAGGUGCUAGUAUGUUGUCGAAGAGGUUUCCUGACGAUAUGAAGCGAGGUAAAAUGAUCGCUCAUGCUACGAGUGGUGUGGCGCUGGGUGUCGCUGUGGGACCAGUAUUUGGCGGUAUAUUGUAUCAUCACUUUGGAAAAACAGUUCCGUUUCUAAUCCUUGCCGCAGUUGCUCUUAUCGAUGGAUUACUUCGCUUGAGUAUCAUCUCAACAAAACGGGAUUCAGAAACAGAAAAAUUAGUUGAAAAUACUAGCACUCGUAGGACUUCAUCCAUGUUUACUUUGAUUCGAGAUCCGUUGAUUUGUAUAGCUAUUGGGGCAAGUAUGAUGACACUCAUCGGCGUGGCGAUGCUCGAAGGCACACUACCAAUUCAUCUGAUGGUGUCCAUGAAAUCAGCAACACCAUUAGAACAAGGUUUAGUCUUCCUUCCAAUGAGUGUUGCUCUUUUCAUUAGUCAGAACGCCUUUGGUUAUCUGGGAUUUUAUAUUAGAAGAUGGCUUUGUGGAAUGAUUGGUCUGGGUGUUGUGGCAGUUGCUUUCUUUCUAAUACCUUUGAUGCACUCGGUAGUCGCAUUAAUCGGGCCACAAGUUUUGUUGGGUACAGGCAUUGGUAUGGUUAUGUCGACAAUAGGCCCGACUCUAGCACAAUUGGUUGAUUUGCGAUAUUCAUCUGCCGACUAUGGAAAUGCUUUUGCUUUGUUUGAAACAGGACUUUGUGUCUCAUUCCUAUUAGGACCUCUAGUGGGUGGAUACCUGGUGCGUGUCAUCGGAUUUCAAUGGACACUUGCUGGCGUUGCCAUUUUGGAUAUCUCAUAUGCGCCGUUGAUGUUUUUUCUACGCAUUUAA